AUGCAGUCAUCCGGUAGUAGGAAGCUGAGUGUCUGGAUUUUCAUACCAAAUAAUAUUGUUUUUCUUUUCAAGGUUAGAGCCGAAGCAACAAUUCUCAGCUACACAAUAUAUGCGGCAAAACGUGGUACUCUGAGCGCAUUUCAUGUUGCUGUUCAUGACAUCUUGUAUGAGCCAUGCACUGAUCUUCCGGAUGAGGCAAUGAUGCGUAAACCUAUUUGGUCAACAUGGGCAAGAUACAAAGUGGAUAUUGAUCAGCAAAAAUUGCUGCAGUUUGCUCAAGAAAUUUUGAAGAACGAAGCACCAAUUUGUCAAGUUGAAUUAGAUGACCGCUGGGCGACACACUACGGCGAUUUCGAAUUUGACAAAUCGAAGUUUCCGGAUGUGGAGGGCAUGUGCAAGCAGCUGGAAGAAUGGAACAUAAGACUUACGCUUUGGGUGCAUCCAUUCGUCAAUUUGGAUAGUAAUAAUGGUAAAAAUCCUGAUCUGAAGGAACUGUUUGUGAAAGACUGGACAGGUGAGCCAGGUAUCGUCGAAUGGUGGCAAGGCGCAGCGUACGUGGUCGAUUUCACCAAUCCGAUUGCAGUGGAGUGGUUCUGUGAGCAGCUUGAAGGUCUUAGAAAGCAUGGUAUAUUCUCAUUCAAAUUUGAUGCUGGUGAAGUAAUAUAUCUUCCAACCGGCGCACGACUGCAUAAUGAUGCUGUACCACUGCUCUUCACGAGGAACUAUGUGCUAGCCGCCGCAACCUUCGGCACCUCAGUUGAGGCACGAGUUUUCAGUCAUACCCAACAACUGCCAAUAUUUUACAGAACGCAGGAUCGUUUCUCGACAUGGAAUAAUAUCGGUUUGGAUACACUGAUACCGGUUGCUUUAAACUUUGGCCUACACGGUUAUUAUUACAAUCUUCCGGAUAUGAUUGGAGGUAAUGGUUACGGCGGCUCGGUUUGCGGCAAGGAGCUUUACAUCAGAUGGAUGCAGGUGAUGCCAAGUUCAGCAUUCGGAUGA